AUGGCUGAUACAGAUAGGAACAGUGCGCUGGCUGGGUUGAGGCUUGAUACUUCUUUCGAUCUCGCACACAGGCCCCGGUGGCGGCCUGAAAAUGGGGGACGAGGAGGGAUGGGUAGUGGAGAUGGUAUCGAGGGCGACCGUACCAACACUUUUCACGAUUAUGACGCAUCCCGUGGCGGUACUGAUGAAGACAACAGUGUGCUGAAUGAUUUGCAUUCAUCGACACCGCCAAUCUCCGUACCCCGUCCUGGCGAACCUCCUCCGCAAGAUGAUGUCGAGUUCCCUCAUAAACCGGAUGAUAUCCCAGCAUCCCCUUUUGAUGAGUUCCUGCAAAACCGGCGACCCUCCGUUAGCUUUGACCCGAAUGUUACCCUGAACUCGGGCCAGCCGCGACCGCUCGAAGAGCCGUUACCCAGAGGCGAUGGGAGGGUGCGAGCUCAGAAGUUCCAGCCGAGGAGCUCAGCUUUGAGGAACGCGCUCCCUCAGGAAGAUGGUGGGACUCGCGAUGCUCAGCAGGAUAUCGACCGUCCGACUUCCUUGACCUCCGUGUCAACUGCAUCCCCCGUCACAGAGGAGCUGAGAACUCCCCCGGAAGCGUCGAAAGGCAUCCUUCCUUCUCCAAUCUGCGUGGCGUCCCCAGCACAGACAUUUGCGUCAUUGGAUGAUCGCGGCUCUUGGUCGGGAAGCGUGCCCACUCCAUUCGGAAGCAAGCAGAGGGGUCUCCGAGGCUCUACUCGUCAUAGUUCCCGCCGAUCUACUGCCUCAAGCGGCAAGUCACCAGCCAGCAUGUUCCUUUCUAUGUGGAGCACCAGGGAAGAACCUGCCCCCAAGCCCGACGAUGAGGGACAAAUGGUCGGGACGGAUUACGUCCUUGGAAAGCAAAUCGGCUUCGGUGGUUUUAGUACGGUCAAAGAAGCCUACAAGGUUGAGGAGAGCGGCGAAACCAAGCGGCUGGCUGUCAAGAUUGUUCGGAAGCAAGUUUCUGGCAAGAGCGAAAUGGAGAACGACGCCGUUCAAGCUGAAUUCGACCACGAAGUCGGGGUUUGGCGAUAUCUCAGCCAUCCGAAUGUUCUGACACUGGACGCGGUCUACGAGACCGAAUAUGCAACUUUCUGUUUCACCAAAUUGCACAUCGGCGGCACUCUAUUUGACCUCAUAAAAAAAAAUCGGUCUGGUAUUGGAUUGAGAUUGGCAAAAAAGUACACCUAUCAGUUGGCCUGCGCUUUGCGAUACUUGCACGAGGAUGCACGCGUGGUGCAUCGGGACAUCAAACUCGAGAAUUGCCUCCUGGAUCCGGUCGAGGUGUCCGAUGGCCAGACUUCGUCCAACCUUGUACUGUGUGAUUUUGGAAUGGCAGAAUGGAUGUCCACGGACAAUGACGGUGGCUCGCCCGACCCUUACGACGAUGCAGCGGAUCGGCCACCCCCGCAGAAUAUCGGACCUGCUGGUUCCAGUACCAGCGUUGCAGGAAGCCUAGAAUACGCGCCCCCCGAGCUGCUUCAUUCUUCAUGUGGCAUCAUCGCCCCUUCGGUCGACAUGUGGGCGUUCGGCGUCGUCCUCUUCGCUGUGCUGGUGGGAUCACGACCAUUCCAGGACCCCUUUGCUCCUCGCAUUCAAAACUGCAUCAUGAACGGCAUAUGGGACAAAAAUGCCGUGCUGGGCGCGGGCGAUGAGUUGCCUGGUCGCCAGCAGCGAGAAUUUGCGCUGGAGGUGAUCGCAGGAUGCCUCGAUAUGAACCCUGAAAGCCGUUGGACCAUUCGCGAUGUUUUGUCUUCUCGCUGGUUCCAAGAGUACUCGGAUGGUAUUGAUGACAGUGCCGUUGAAAGCCCGUGGAGACUGUAA